GGGAGCCCCGGAGUGCCCGGCACCUAGAGGCGCCGCCCACGGGACCCUGGGCCGGCGGGCUCGGCUGCCUCUCCGCGUUUGCCUGUCGGUCUUUGUGUCUGUCUGUCUGCGUGUCUGUCUGCCUAUCUCCAAGCCGACCUCCGCUGCGAAAGCGAAGCGGCCCCGACUCCGACAUCCCCUGGACCCCGGGCCCUGACCCAUGGCAGGCUACUUGCCCCCCAAAGGCUACGACCCUUCGCCUCCACCUCCCUACCCUGUGACCACCGCGUACCCGGAGCCAGCGCUGCAUCCUGGGCCCGGGCAGGCGCCAGUGCCCGCCCAAGUGCCUGUACCCGUGCCCGCCCAAGUGCCUGUACCCGUGCCCGCCCAAGUGCCCAACCCCGCACCAGGCUUUGCUCUCUUCCCCUCGCCCGGCCCUGUGGCCCCAGGGCCUCCCGCACACUUCUUGCCACUGCCUGGGGUGCCUUCUGGACUUGAAUUCCUGGUGCAGAUUGACCAGAUCUUGAUUCACCAGAAGGUUGAGAGAGUGGAAGCGCUCCUAGGCUGGGAAGCCUGUAACCGGUAUGAACUACGCUCAGGGGCAGGGCAGCCUCUGGGCCAGGCGGCCGAGGAGAGCAACUGUUGCGCCCGCCUCUGCUGUGGUGCCCGUCGGCCGCUGCGUGUCCGCCUGGUGGACCCUGGGGACCGAGAAGUGCUCCGCCUGCUCCGCCCACUCCAUUGUGGAUGCAGCUGCUGCCCCUGCGGCCUCCAAGAGAUGGAAGUGCAGGCUCCACCCGGCACCACCAUUGGCCAUGUACUACAGACCUGGCAUCCCUUCGUCCCCAAGUUCUCCAUCCAGGAUGCCGAUCGCCAGACUGUCCUGCGAGUGGUGGGGCCCUGCUGGACCUGUGGCUGCGGCACAGACACCAACUUUGAGGUGAAGACCCGAGAUGAGUCUCGCAGUGUGGGCCGCAUCAGCAAGCAGUGGGGCGGCCUGCUCCGGGAGGCCCUCACGGAUGCAGACGACUUUGGCCUCCAGUUCCCGGUGGAUCUCGACGUGAAGGUGAAGGCUGUGCUGCUGGGAGCCACGUUCCUUAUUGAUUACAUGUUCUUUGAGAAGCGAGGCGGUGCCGGACCCGCCGCCAUCACCGGCUAGAGGUGGCUUCACGGGAGGAGACCAUCACCAACAGAAUUCGAUGGUCACCAGCUCUGGCUGGUCUGCUUCUGUCCUCCACGGAGAGGCUGGGGGCCACGUGCAGUGCGCUAUCCCUGCCCUGCUUCUCUGGCCUCCUUCACCUGUGGCCUCCGCAGAAGGGUGUGUACAAGAGCCCUUUCUCUGCUCCCCUCCACCGCUGCAUAGCUUUUACCACGCCCUCCCUCCGUCCCCUCCCCUUCUGGGGCCUCAGUUCCUCAAGAGGCCUUUGGGAACCAGGACUUUGGGGUGUUCUGACAGAGCUGGUGCAGAGGAGGGUAAACCGCACCAAAGACUAGCAGGCGGGACCGCCCCUCCCCUGCAUGAGCUUGGCCAAUCAGUUCAGCCUCCUCCAGAGGACAGCACUUUGAGGGGACUCUGCUUCCCCCAUGAACAGCUGUAGGGGUUGGGCCCUAAUGCCAACCUCUCCUUCCUGUUGGGCCCCGCCCACAGCUGGUGCUUGCUGCAGCUUCCUGUGCCUUAUUUAACCACCUCUUCCUUCCCUCGCCCUGGAAGGAGGCUACAUCUUUGUAUGUUCUGUCCAUAUAAACUUUAUAACGUUUUGAA